UCGAUCUCUGUCAGCAGCUCACCGCACUUUACAGAUGAAGUGCUGAGCUCUCUGGCGAUAGGCACCCAGACACUCUCUCUCGCUCUCUCUCUCUCUCUCUCUCUCAGUGACCGACGAUGGUGCCUGUCACCCCCUUUAGGGCUGCGGCUCGAGCCUGAAGUGAUUGGCGUUCCCCAACCACACGCAGCGUAGCGCCCGAGCUCGCUCGAUCCAACGCCAUCCAUCCAGCCAACCAGCUCAGUCCAGGGGCUCAGUUGCACCCAGUGCAACCACCACCAUGGAGGACAACCACAUUGGACCCCCUGACCUAUCCACGGAGGAGGAGACUGAGCUGGAACUGAUUCGUCUGCACAAACAGGAGCUGAUGGCUGAUAUCGAGAAGCUGAAGGCUGAGAUCUCGCAGGUUUUCGCUGACAUCGAGAGCUUCACUCACGCGGAGGAGAGCAAAACCGUCGAGAGGAACAAACAGAUGGCGAUGGGGAAGAAGAAAUUCAACAUGGAUCCCAAAAAGGGGAUCGAGUACCUGAUCGAGAACAAGCUGUUGUGUCGAAACGAGGAAGACAUCGCCAAGUUCCUGUACAAAGGGGAAGGCCUCAACAAGACCGCCAUCGGAGACUAUCUCGGGGAGAGGGACCCGAUGAACAUCAGGAUUCUCCAGUCCUUCGUGGAGCUGCAAGAAUUCUCAGACCUGAACCUGGUUCAAGCGCUCAGGCAGUUCCUGUGGAGUUUCCGCCUACCGGGCGAGGCGCAGAAGAUUGACCGAAUGAUGGAAGCCUUCGCCACUCGAUACUGUCAGUGCAAUCAGAACGUCUUUCAAUCCACGGACACCUGCUACGUCCUGUCCUUUGCCAUCAUUAUGCUGAACACAAGCCUCCACAACCCCAACGUGAAAGAGAAGCCGACACUGGAGAGGUUCAACAAAAUGAACCGCGGCAUCAACAAUGGGGGAGACCUGCCUCAGGAGCUGCUCAGGAACCUGUACGAGAGCAUUAGGAACGAGCCGUUCAAGAUCCCAGAGGACGACGGCAAUGACCUAACGCACACCUUCUUCAACCCCGAUCGGGAAGGCUGGCUCUCCAAACUGGGGGGUCGGGUGAAGACAUGGAAACGCCGGUGGUUCAUCUUGACAGACAAUUGUCUGUAUUAUUUUGAGUACACCACGGACAAGGAGCCCAGGGGAAUCAUCCCUUUAGAAAACCUGUAUGUGAAGGAGGCGGACGAUUCUCGGAAAUCGAACUGCUUUGAGCUCUACUGCCCCAACAAAAGCAAAGGGAAUACCAUUAAAGCGUGCAAAACAGACACUGAUGGCAGGGUGGUGGAGGGCAACCAUCAGUCCUACAGGAUCUCAGCCCCUUCGAGGGAGGAGAGAGACGAGUGGAUCAAAUCAAUCAGGGCCAGCAUCACGCGAGAUCCUUUCUACGACUUGGUGGCCACCAGAAAGAAGAAGAUAACCAAUAAGAAAUUGGCAAAGAUGGAAGAUCACAGCGCCUCGUGCGAAUGAGAUAAUUUAACACAGCGAUGAAAAUCCCUCCCGCGGCUCACUCAAAACUGUUGGGUCUCGAAUCGGUCUUGUUGGGUAGCAACCCCCGCCCCACCCUUCCACUGGCCGUGUGAGCCUGCGGACUUCUCUACGCUUUAUCCUGUGAAGCUGUAAAGGACCACCCUUUGGCAACAAAGCACUCAGCGUCAGGAUUUCAUCUGGCAACCGAUUCGGCGAGAAAAAUCUCGUCCUGUUUGAAACACCACCUCUUCUCCCCUCCGUCCCUCCCUCCUUCAAAUCAGCAACUCCAGAUUUGCGAUGAUGUUCACACACACACGCACGCGGGGAAAACAAAUCCCGUUUAAAGAGUGAAACCUUUACGGUUCACUAACAUUUUUGUUUCAGCAUGUUGAACAGGGAAGGAAGCUAAUCGGCCCGCCAACAGCAGACAACCCAACAGCCUGGUUCCGUGCAGCUCUAGAGGUAUCCAGGGUGCUUGAGGGAAGGUCUGUCGAGUUGACUAAAUUAUGGAGUCCUGUAGCCUAGGGGUGAGAGUGCUCGCCUCCC